AUGCAACAACAAGUCGUUUCGUUCACGACUCUUCAUAAUAAUGAUAAUAAGAUUGAUUGUUUUAGUUAUAUUGUAAAACAAUGUCAUUUUUAUAUUGAAAAUUUUGGUAUUAUAGUUAAAAGAGUACUAUGCAAACCAUGCCCAUUAUUAUCAAAAGAAACAAAACGAAAGAAAAAGAAACAAUAUAAAACUAAUCUGGAUAGAAAUGGUCCUUCUUCAAAUAUUACUAGAGCAACAACAAAUGAUGCAAACAAUAGUAAUAUGUUAGCUGAUGACGAUCUGCCUGAAAUUGUUUCUAUUAAAUCUACAACUAGUAGUAGUUAUGAAAUGGUAAAUUUGAAUUAA